AUGAACAGCAAAGCGGCCGUCCUCAGGCGAAAGCUGAGCCCGGUUGGCGCGAUAGUGGGAUACAGAUCGUAUUUCGGAGGCUAUAUCGCUGCGCGAACGGUGACGGUGGGUACAUUCCAUCAUGGUACUGCGGCGAAGUACUGCGGACAUGGUGACACAGCGGAGAAACGGGGACAAGAACGUAAGACGGGCGACGUCAAGGGGGGAAGUGGCUCAACUGGGACUAGUGGGCAUAGCAUGAUUCCCGCCAGUGGGGAGUUCGGCGAUUACAUACUCGAGUCCGUUGCGGAGAAAUUACUAGACGGUAUUAGAAAUGGUAUUACUUGUGACCAUUUCUUACAGAGUCCAAGGGAAGACUCACACGACACCCUGCCAAGCCCACCCUCAACCGGUGCUGAAAUUACAAGUGCGUACGCGAACCCGCAAAUCAUCGAUUUCCAGAUAAUCCUAAACCUGGGCGGCGCCCGACACUACCAGAAAGUAUGGGUACCGUGUACACAGUAUGCAGUAGAUCUUGGAGUUAUUCUGGUAUACUCCUCUUCAGCACCUGACCCGAUCGACUGCGAUCCUACAGCUGCUUAG